AUGGAGGAGAACUCUCGACUAGAAAAAACCUCAAAAUCCAUAUUCUCUUACCCACCUCGGGACAAGGAUAAAGAGUAUAGGAAAAAAGAAGACCAGCCUACUAAAAAACCCAGAAAAUACCACAACUACACUCCGCUCAGAGUAUCCCUUGUGGAUGUAUACAGAGAGAUAUGCAACACUGAAAAGAUCCCGCCCCCUCGUCCGAUCAAACACAAAAGAGGAGGAAGUCGGACAGAGUAUUGUGAAUACUACCGAAUUUACGGACAUUCCACCAACGACUGCUUUGACCUAAAGAAUGUUAUUGAAAAACUGGCACGAGAAGGGCGACUAGAUCGGUUUCUAGCCAAUAAAGCAGACGAGCCAAGAAAAAGAAGAACGGAUGAAGAGGUCGGACGAGCUGAACGUCCCCAUCACACCCCUGAGAGGCAUAUUCACAUGAUCAAUGGAGGAUUCGCAGGAGGAGUGAUCUCUAAGUCGUCACGCAAAAGACACCUCAAGGAGGUGUACCAUGUUGGAGGAGGAGACAGGUCGGUCAACCUCCCCAAUAUCACCUUUACUCAAGAAGACGCUUCGGGAAUCAUCCCAGGGUAUGAUGACCCCAUGGUCAUUACCAUAAUACUUGGCAAUGCCAACCUCCACCGAACAUUAAUCGACCAGGGAAGCUUCGCGGACAUCUUGUUCAAAUCCGCCUUCGACAAACUCGGCCUAUAA